AUGGUCUCCGGGAUGGUCUCCACCAUGCUACCUGGCCUGGUGUUUUGGUUGACAUUUGGGUGGACUUCAACAUCUGCCUAUAGCCCAAGGAGUCCCGAUCGGGUCUCAGAAACAGACAUGCAGAGGCUGCUCCAUGGUGUUAUGGAGCAGCUGGGCAUUGCCAGGCCGCGGGUGGAGUAUCCAGCUCACCAGGCCAUGAAUCUCGUGGGCCCACAGAGCAUCGAAGGUGGAGCUCAUGAAGGUCUGCAGCAUUUGGGUCCUUUGGGCAACAUCCCAAACAUUGUGGCCGAGUUGACUGGUGACAACAUUCCCAAGGACUUCAGUGAGGAUCAGGGCUACCCUGACCCUCCAAACCCUUGUCCUGUUGGAAAAACAGCAGAUGAUGGAUGUCUAGAACACACCCCCGACACAGCGGAGUUCAGUCAAGAAUUCCAGUUGAACCAGCACCUGUAUGAUCCUGAACAUGACUUCCCAGGCUUGGGCAAGUGGAACAAGAUCCUCUUUGAGAAGAUGAAGGCAGGACAGAGACGAAAGCGGAGGAGUAUCAACCCAUAUCUACAAGGACAGAGACUGGACAACGUUGUUGCAAAGAAGUCGGUCCCCCAUUUUUCAGAGGAGGAUAAGGACCCAGAGUAA